AUGAGGACCAAAUCACAAGUGUCAGUCUAUAGUCUGUCACAGGACACCUUCUGUGCAGUGGAAGCAAGUGAUCUGGAGUUAGGAAAGAUUGUUUGGGCUUUACAUCCUAAAUCAGGAGACCUUGGCAGCUCAGCUGAUUUAAUUGAGGAGUGUCUUCCUCACAUCCAGCGUUCGCCAUCAAAAAGAAUUUCUCCUGCAAAACGCAAGCAAUAUUACAUUAACCAAGCUGUGAGAAAUUCUGAUCGCAUUCAGAAGUCAAGAGGCAGAAAGAGCCUUAGACGACUGGAAAACACUCGUUAUCUGAUGAAUUUGGAUGAGAAGGACGAGGGCCAGAAGGAUGACAAUGAUUCAGUUGACCCUGCCUCCCCAACAAUUUUUACUGAAGCGAUUACAAAUAACAGCUACACAAAGGUUUGGAAUGAUUUCCUGAACAGAUCUGGAGAAGAACAAGACAAAUUAAUUCGCUGCUUGGAUGAAGAAAGUUGCAAGAAACAUAAAGGGAAGUUUUCUUCCAAAUUUGAGGACAGAAGAGAAGAGCAUCCUGCUUAUACCUCAAAAGAUUUCUUCCAGAAAAUUGACCGUCGGCUACGUACCACUUUAAAGCGACGCCAGAUCCCAUUGGGAAUGCUUGAAAUUCUGGAGGAGGACCUGUUAUCAGUUUUUUCCGUUAAACCAGACUCCGUUUAUACCACUUUAUUGGACAACAGUUAUGAGCGGCUGUUGCUUCAUGCUCUCUGUCAGUACAUGGACCUCCUGUCAGCAAGUUUUAACAGUAAUGGGAAACGUCAGACAGAAGUCACCAAUAAGCAUGAAUAUUUUCUUACUCCAGAACCAUUGCUUUCAACUUACUUGGAGCAGAAUAGAUGACCUCGAGCACUUUCUGAUAAUCUUGUUCCUGGAUAGUCUGGCGUCGUUGAUAUUUAAAUACUGAAAGCACUUUUAUGAGAACUGAUCUCAUUUUAAUGAACAGAAUGUUUCCUUGUCGUUUUACCUUUCUUUGCAUAUCUAAGUCAAUCUUAGGUUAACACUUCUCUCCACUUUUGUAGCUGGAUUACCUUUCUUAUCCAUGCUGUGGGCCUAAAGCAAUAGCCCACCCUUUAUCUUUUGACUGCCACUUGUCUAUGAUCCCUGACACAGAGCUGUGAAGCCCCCUUCACCUGCCCUUCCAGGGUUGAAGAUGUCUUUGACUCCAUGUCCUGUCUUCUCACAUAGUCAUUUGCAACAGUUGAUGUAACAGAAAGAAAAGGCUGCAUCACCUUCUGGAAGACUAAUAAGUUUAGGCUCUUGGAGUGAUGCAUAGAAUUAAAACGGUGGUUCCUUGCCUGUA